AUGCGAAUACAAUCGGGCCUCUCCCCAUCGUUGCUCUUCUCCUCCGCCCUCUUGACCGGUCUAGCCUCGGCAUCAGGGUUCGACUGCCACAAUAUCAUCGCAGAGGGAAACAAAUACGACCUCAAAGGCUUGCACGGCGUCCACACGAUCUACCAUGUCGACAAGACGGAGGACUACAUCGUGAACACGACCUACGUGCUGGACAUCUGCAAGGCGCUCGGCAAGGCCUCGAUCCGGGGGGACCUGAAGUGCGGGACUUCAAAGAACGUCUGUGGAUUCCAGUACAAGUACACCGAUGACGGCUUGGAGGAGAUCAGCCAUGCCUUCCCCAUUGCCGGACUGGACCCCCUGGGUCACGGCAGCAAGGACCCCGAGGUCACGCGGCUGAAGGGAGAUGGGCAGGAGGGGCUCCUGCUGAAAUUGGCGGGGGGCCAGUACGUCGACAAGGACAAGAAGAAGAAGGAUGCCCGGGCGGUGAUUGAGUUCCAGUGUGAUCCCGACCGGUCGGGUCUGGAGGGGUUGGCUUCUGUGGAGGAUGGAUCGAGCGAGGAGGAGGAGACGCGCCGGCGGUUAGUGGUGCGGGAGGAUGAAGGCGACGAGGACAAGGACAAGGACAAGGAGAAGACGGACCCGAACGACGGGUCGGAUCCCUCGCGCAGCCUGCAGUUCGAAAGUUUCGGGCCGGCGGACGACGAUUCGUACGAGUUGAAGCUGAAGUGGCGGACGCGCUAUGCGUGUGACAAUUAUGCCCGCGACAGGAAGGGCGACGGGUCAAGCCAUUGGGGGUUCUUCACCUGGUUGAUCAUCAUUUUCUUCCUCUGCGCCGCUGCCUACAUUAUUUUCGGCUCGUGGCUCAACUACAACCGCUACGGUGCGCGUGGUUGGGACCUCCUCCCGCACGGCGACACCCUCCGCGACAUUCCGUACAUUUUCCAGGACUGGCUGCGACGGGUCAUCAAUACGCUCCAAGGGAGCGGGUCGAGAGGCGGUUACAGUGCUGUUUGA